GUUUUGUAUUCCAAUAUUUGCAGAUAAUAUAAUUGAUACUGACAGAAAUUAGCAGAAUUUUUCUUUUCCACUCUUGCCUUUCUGUCGUGGAUUUGUCUCCCUCUGCCGCCCAAUUCCACCACCUACAACUUCGUCACCUGUACAGACUUCCAGGAAAUAGUUGCUAUUUUUGGGUAAACGUUCACUGUUUGAAGAGGAAAUUAAUUUGUAAAACACAAUGUUGAGUAAAUUCUUUCGCCGCGUGCCGUACACGAGCGGGACGCCGGUAACGCGCCCCCGGUCGCCCCGCGAGCCGGGCGCCGCGCGCGUGCAGCGACCACGUUAGCGUCCUCGGGGCCGCUCGCGUGCGACUCGCUGCUGCGCCGCCGCUGCUGGUUCUGUUGCUGUUGCUGUGUGCGCGAGCGGCGCUGCCCCGCCGGCCCGUGCAGCCAUGGCGAGGAAACCCCGUCGACGCGGCACCGCUUUUUCAUGACGAAGUUCAAAGGUGCUAAAUGAUCUACCCCAUGGUUACCAGCAGAAGUCAGUGCCAUGGAUGAUGAAGAUGAUCAACGUCUGCUAGAUAUUAUAGGAGAUGUGCAGGCCUUGAACGACUAUCUUCAUGGAUCCAACAGCAAGUCGAUUGAUGCAAAUGACGUAGCGAACGCCACCUUUGGCUCGGCCGACAAUUUCUUUGCGAAUAAUGCUGGUGACCUUGACUCAAGCCUGAAGCAUGAUGGUGACCACCUUGCUAUGGGAGGGGAAGCUGGAGGGGUGGAUCUUAAUUUCUCCAGCAGCUUGCAAUUCAUUGAGGACGAACUGGGUGGAGCUUCUCCAUCGGGUGCAGAGCUGGGGGAGGAGCAGCCCUUUGACAUCCUCCAGAAGUCUUUAUUGGAAGCGGACAUUACCGAGCAGACAUUGGCUCAGGAGGCACUGUUGGAAUCCACGCCAGUUCCUGCGGUCUUCCCCCAGCAGGUGGUUUCUGGAGCUGGCUUUGAGGGAGUGGCUGCGGCGGGGAUUCCUUUCUCUGGGACUCAACCUCAAGGCUUCCUUCAGCAAUCUCUGCAGAAUGGCUCCUCUGUGGGACACAUCCAGGUUCUUGGGUCAUUCAGCGGUGCCCCCUCUGUGAUGACAGCCACCAGCAUGUUGGUACAAAGGCCAGCAGGACAAGUUAGUGCCAGUGGGCAGGGCUCUGUGUUCAACCCGACCCCUGGUGGGGCGCAGGUCCCUGUACCCCUCAGUGGCUGCGGGGCCCCCAUUCCUCUCCAGAACAUUAUCAUCCAGAGGGGACCUACUCCUCAGGCCCUGGUCAGACCCAUCCAGCCUAAGCCCCUCUCAGUGGGCGGGCAGACAGUAUACAGCCUGGGUGUCCAAAUCCCCACAGCUGCUGGCUCACCUCAGUCCACCCAGCAGGUCAAGGUGGUCAGCCACUCUGGCAGCAUUGUGAUCCACCCGUCCCUGGGGCAGCAGCCGCAGCAGCAGCAGCAGCAAAGCAGCCUGUCUGCGGGGCAGUUUAUACUGCCCACUUCAAUCUCCCUCACCUCAGACCCCUCUGGCCACAGCUUACAGGCGCUGAAUGGGCCAGUGCUCCAGACUGCGCAGCCCGCACAGCCGGUUGUCACCGCUGAAGACACCACCACCAGCACCACAUACUCCAUCCUGACCAAUCACAGCGCAGCAGCCACUGUGCAGCUGGUUGCAGGGCAGGGCUUUGCGACCGGUGGGCAUCUGAUUGUGAACCAGGGUAUCGUCAGCAGCCAGGUGGGGCAGAGUGCCCCCGCACUCCUGCAGGUUUCUGGGACACCAGGGACCACGGCCAAAGCCUGGGUGGGCUUGUCCAGCAGCACUUCAGCUAUCCCCACCCCCAGUCCUGUUCAGGCAAUGCCCAUCCAGAGUCACUUUACCCUAGUGAACUCCACUGGCCCCACCUCCUCUGAGUACUCCAGUCAGAUUGCAGGGGGGGUAUCUGUAGGGCUCCAGGCACAACCGCAGGUGUCGGUUAAUCUGGGUCAACGUGUUUUGGUCCCCGUGGCGCAAGGCUCCGCCUCCUCCUCUCAGAUAGGGGUGUCGGAUCAGCAAUUUCAGACACAGGUGUUCGCUGUUGGCCAGGGCUCUUCAUCAGCACUUCCCAGUCUGCGGUUGGGCAACGUUUUGGGGGAAAAGGCUGUGAAAACUUUGCCUCCCUCCAGCCAAGUGGAAUCUUUCCACACAGUAUCCUCAAAGCUGAACCCGCAGAACAGACCCGCGAUACAACAGCUCACCAAGGGAGAUCUGGUCCUCCAGCAGCUACAUGAGGACCGUGUCAGGGUCCUGUCCGCGAACAGGUCUCCCUUCUCCUCAUGGGAGGAUGCCUUCCUCCGGCUGCUGCCUUUUCACGUGUUCCAGGGGGCCCUGCCCACCGAUGCGGACUUUGUGAAAGUGGACCAGGAGUUUGAGGCAGUGGCCACGGAUGUGCUCAAGAGAACACAAGCAAUGCUGAGCAAGUACCGGCGCCUCCUGCUGGCUGAGGCAGAGCGAACCAGUCCCUCGUCAGAGAUAGUGAUGAUUGCCCGGACCUUCAACCAGGAGGAACGUCGAGAGCUGACCCAGGACAAGCGGAUGGCUCUGGUGGACCCUGAGGGAUUUCUAGAGGAUUUUUGCUGCGUCGUAAAGCCAGCGGAAGCCAGCUGUGUUGGGGGUGCUCAUUUAUCUGCUGGUUGCCAUAGUGACACUUCAGGCUUGGCGAUAGAUGGGUACAGGACAGAGGCAGCUGGGGAUCAGGGGUCGGAGGUUGACCCACACUCGGCAGCGAUUGGAAUCAACCCAGAUGUGAAGAACUGUCAAAGGCCAGCACAGCACUACAUGGAAGUUAAUGCUCUACCCCAGGGGCCGGGGUUAGAGCAAAGCCUACUGCCAGUGGCUGACACGGAUUCUGUCUUGGAGGCGGCCGUAAACAGCAUAUUGGAGUGCUAGUCGGUGUUUAAGAUUCAUCCAUCACAACCUCUGAUGAUUCUGCAGGUUUUUGAUGGAACAAACAGAGGACACUGAGUCACCAGAGGGGUCACAACUCCACAGGCCACACCCUAUGUGCCUGCUCUCCCAGCAGUUUUACAUGAAGAAGCUUCCGGCGAUUUCUGCAGAGGGAAAGCAUCUCCGGUCCCAAAUGUUCACAUUAUUUUCUUGUGAGAUUGCACACAUGCCAUUUUUCUGGCAGCUUCCCUGGCCUUCAGCUGCUCUCAGAUCAUUUCAGCACCCUGUCUGUCUUACUGAUGGCUCUGCCUGUCAGAAGAUGCUGCAACACAGAAAUACCCUACAUUUUCUUUUCUUUUUUGUUUGUAUUUUAUUACUCAUUAUUACGUUAUACACCUUUUUUUGCUUGUUUUCAGUCUGUGUAUUUUUUGUACCUUACAGGUAUGUGACCCCAGCCUCUUUACAGUGGAUUUGAAUGGGGUGAUGCAGAGCCUCAGAUUGGGGCUGUAAUGUUAAUAUAAUUUUUCUUUUUUUAUUUUCUUUUAUUUAAAAGGGUUGUGAAUAUUUUGUUGCUCGUAAUGCAGCACGUUCAGUUUUCCGCAUUUCGCGUCGUCUGCCCAGGUGGCUAUAACUCUGAAGAAGUAUUGCAGCUGUGCAUCCUGGGUGGCAGUUUCUCUUUGUCGUUUCAGUGUCACAGAUCGACAGAUGUUGAGAGAGCACCGAUACUGUGAUCUGAUACGAUGCGUAAUUUUGGACGAGCCUUCGGACUUUGCAGUCUCCGUACAAGAUUUCUCUAAGGUUGAAAUUGCUGUCCUCUCAGUUGUAUAUUGCUUUGGAGAAAAACCUCCAAACUGCAAAAUAAGUAAAUGUUAACUGUAACAGGACAGUUAUUUGCAGGAGAACCCAGGCCUGUUGCAAUUGUUACAACAUCCUGCAGGGGACAGAAAUGAGCAACUGAGGCCAAUCCUCCUGUAAACAGGCCCAAAUUUUCUUGUAUUCACGCACUUGUUUUUACUUAACUCUACUCAUCAUGGCUUUACUGUUGUACUUCACCCUCACCUAGGGAUUCAGAUGCCAGUCAUGUAUAAAUAUGACAAAUAUUGAAAUGUUCAGAGCCCCAGAGGACCAGGGUUUAAUACCCUAGGCAUUUUAGCAUCGCAGAGUUGUCAACGACAAUGUGCAAUUACCAAACUCCCAAAGCUCUUCCUGUGAUGGGAAGAUAACAAUGACCUCCAGCCUCCCUUUCUGACAUUUUAAUGUGGGCAUUUUUCCUGAUCUCUACCUUUAAAAUGUUGUCCUUUUGUAAAUUAAUACAAAUUUGUGAGCAACGUGCAGAACUGUUUCCUGAGCUUUUUGUUUUUUGAAGAAGAAGCCUCUUAUGUGUGUAUUUUAACCUGUACUCAUUACGAUCGUGUAAACUGACUUCGGAGGCAACAUGUCAGAUCUCUGACCUUUUCCUCCCGGGGCUCAGCUUUCUCAGCCUGUUUCAGUCGAAGGGUAAAUGCUCCUUAUGAGCGGAGCUAAAAGUUUGUCAGUGAUUGACUACAAUAGAUGUUUCUUUAUUCGAAGGAGGAAUGUAGAUGGAUGGGAAGGAAUGCAACAGAAGAGCGGGAAGCUGGAGUAAAGAAAGGUUUAUGAAAUGCAAGUGUCUUUUAGAAAGUGGCCGUUGAUGGCAGAUUCUAAGUAACGUGUGUGUGUGUAUUGAUGACCGGUUGUUCAUUUACUUUUUGCUUCUGUAGUAAAAUGUACACUACAUGUUUGUCUCUUUCACAGUGCAAUUAUGAAUGAUCCCAUAACAUAAAUACAUUUGUGAUCGUCCUCUGAAAGCAGCGGAGAAUUGCAAAGCCCACAUUUUGAAGGACAUUGUUGCCUUAAGACUGAAUGGGAAAAGAAAACUGAUUGCUUUUCGUUGUGUACUUUGCUGUUUUUAAUGUUUGUAGCCUUCUCAGUCUGCCUACCAAGGUGAAGAUCUUUACUGUCUUUUUCCACAGCUUCUCAUUGCCAUUAUCACUUUGAGUUUAUUUAAAACUGACUUUCCUACCAUUUCGUUUGUAUCGUAUAUCAGUACCUCUGAAAACUUGAUUUGUAUAGUUUUUGUAUGAAUAUGGGAAAAUGAAUAUACAGAAUAUUUAUAAACUUUUUGUAAAAACCAAUGAAAAGGCUAAAAGGCAGUUAUUUUUAUUAUGUCAGCUGUGGGGUGUGACUGUGGAAAUUGAAAUGUUGCCAUGUUGUUGAUUCUCUGUUUCUACACGGUUUUGUUGGGGUGUUCAGUGCUGAAACAGAUGAAAAA